GUCAAUCUUUCUCCUUUUUAUCGCUUUUUUUUUUUUUUUUUAAAUCCAUCUUUUCUCUCUCCCUUAGCCAAACCCCCCCAUAAAUUGGAGUUGAUCCUUUGGGCUUUUUGCUCACUCCAAAGUUGGAAAACAGAGCCGGAACAAUAUUUUCCUUUUCUUGUUUUUCUAUCUCUUUUCCUCUCCCUCAUCCUCAUCACCUUCAAUUCUUUAUCAAAAGCUUGUUGUAUUUUUUUCUUAAUUUUUGUGUUUGGUACUGAUGGCAGAUAGUUCUGAAACUAACGGUAACCAUGUCGUGAAUGUAUGCGAAGCCUCCAAUAACAAUCCUCCUCAGUGUGCUCCCAAACCCAAGAAUGAACCAAGUCUGUAUACCUCUGUUCCUUUCCUGCAAAAGCUGAUUGCAGAGGUUGUGGGAACGUACUUCCUGAUAUUCGCCGGAUGUGCAUCGGUGGUGGUGAAUUUGGACAUGGAUAAGGUUGUGACUCUACCGGGAAUUUCAAUUGUCUGGGGACUGGUUGUGAUGGUUAUGGUCUACUCUCUUGGACAUAUCUCUGGUGCCCAUUUCAACCCUGCUGUCACUAUUGCUUUUGCUAUUACCAAAAGAUUUCCAUGGAAACAGGUACCACCUUAUGUAGUGUGUCAAGUACUUGGAUCAACGCUAGCAAGUGGUACUCUUAGGCUCAUUUUCAAUGGCAAACAAAACCAUUUUGUUGGAACACUUCCUUCUGGAACAGACCUCCAAGCAUUUGUGAUUGAAUUCAUCAUCACAUUCUACCUCAUGUUUGUUGUUUCCGGUGUUGCUACCGAUAACCGGGCGAUUGGGGAGCUUGCUGGUCUCGCUGUCGGCUCUACCGUGCUUCUUAAUGUGAUAUUUGCAGGACCAAUUACAGGAGCAUCCAUGAAUCCAGCAAGAAGCUUAGGUCCUGCGCUUGUUCAUCACCAAUAUAAGGGACUGUGGAUUUACAUUAUAUCACCAAUUCUUGGGGCAACCUGUGGAGCUUUGGUUUAUAAUACCAUCAGGUUCACUGACAAACCACUGCGUGAGAUCACCAAGAGUGGCUCUUUCCUCAAGGGUGCAGGACGUAGUGGCAACAAUACUAAUUGAUUAAAAAAGUGUAUGUAUAUAUAUAUAUAUAUAUAUAGAAAAAGAAAGAAAGAGGGAUUUCUACCCCUAGCUUUACUUUCUCGUUUAUUUAACUUCUUUUGCAGAAGGAGAUUGUGAUUAGAUAAGCUAUGAACUCUUUUUUGUACCCUUUUAUUAUCCAAAAUUUGGACGAUAUAUUAAGGUUAUAUUAUAUAGACAUAUAGUUCACUUA